AGAGGAUUUGGCUAUUUGAUGAACAUUUCUCUCUAUGUUUUGGACUUUGUUUUCCAAUAAAAGUCGUUGCCUUUUCUUCACUCGAGCUUUUCAUGCUGGUAAGCGUUUCUCGAACCCAAGUGCUGAAGAUAUUGUUUUCAGGGCUGUUUGUGUUAAUCUAAAACAUAGGAGAUGGAGUGUGUUGGAACAACUAUCCCCAAAACUCACCAAUUUCGUUGUGAACCGAGUUGUUUGCGAGUUUCAGAACUCGCCCCAGUUAGCUUUAGAGUUUUACAAUUGGGUUGGAGAGUUAUUCCCUUACUCGUUAGAUUCUUGUUGCACCUUAGUUCAUGUGUUAGUGAAGUCAAGGAGAUUCGAUGAGGCCCUGUUUCUUAUGCGAAACUUGAUUACUCAAGAGGGCACUCCUCCUUUGGAGUUGUUGGAGGCUUUGAUUGAGAGCUAUGGAAACUGUAGCUCGAGUUCUGCAGUUUUUGAUGCUCUGGUGAGGGCUUGUACUCAGGCUGGGGCCACUGAAGGUGCUUAUCAUGUUAUUUGUGAACUAAGGACGCGAGGAUGUUGGGUUACAGUUCAUGCCUGGAAUAACUUCCUAAAUCACCUGUUGGAAUUGAAUGAAAUUGAUAGGUUCUGGAAGUUGUAUAAAGGAAUGGGUUCUUUUGGUUAUGUGGAAAAUGUGAAUACUUAUAAUUUGGUUAUCUAUGCCCUUUGUAAGGAAUGUAGACUGGUGGAAGCUAUUUCAGUGUUUUAUAGGAUGUUAAAGGGUGAAAUUUUCCCUAACAUUGUUUCUUUCAACAUGAUCAUAGAUGGGGCGUGCAAGAUUGGCAACUUGGAUCUUGCCUUGAAGCUCAUUAAGAAGAUGACCUCCAUGACUGGGAAUUAUGUUUGGCCCAAUUCUGUUACUUACAACUGUAUCAUCAAUGGGUUCUGCAAGAAAGGGAGAUUACUACUUGCAGAAGAAAUGCUUCAUGAAAUGGUCAAGGCAGGUUUUGAGCCGAGUGUUAGGACAUAUGCUACUUUAAUAGAUGGGUAUGCUAGGUGGGGAAGUUUGGAGGAAGCACUCAGGCUGUGUGACGAAAUGUUAGAAAGAGGAUUGUUUCCUAAUACUGUUGUUUACAAUUCAAUUUUAUACUGGCUUUAUCGUGAAGGAGGUAUUGAGGAAGUAUCUUUGCUAUUAGCCGACAUGAAUGAUAAGCACAUACACCCUGAUCAGUACUCCUAUGCAAUCCUCACCGAAGGGCUUUGUAGAAAUGGAUAUCUGACUGAAGCUCUUAAGCUUCAUAACCUGAUUUUAGAAAAUGACCUAAUAAAGGAUGCUUUUUCUCUCAACAUACUCCUCAAGUAUAUAUGCAAAAGCAAAAAUUUGGCAGUAGCUAAGCAGCUAUUGGGCAGCAUGAUUACACGUGGUCUAGUUCCUGAUGUUUAUACAUAUGGAACUGUGAUUGAUGGAUACUGCAAGCUAGGUAACACAGAAAAAGCACUUGUAGUUUAUGAUGGGAUGAUUAAGAUGGAUGAGAAGCCAAACUUGGCAAUAUACAAUUCUUUCAUCAAUGGUCUGUGUAAAAUGGCCUCAACAGAUGUUGCAAAACUUCUAGUAGACGAAUUACGAAAACGAAAAUUAUUUGAUGCCACUACCUUUAAUACCUUGAUUAGUGGAUACUGCAUCAGCGGACAGAUUGAUGAAGUGUUUAGUUUGACAUUGGAAAUGAAGAGCUUGGGCAUUUCUGCAAACAAAGUCACAUAUAAUACAUUGAUAAACCUUCUCUGCAAGUAUGGGUGUGAUGAAAAAGCAAAAGAACUGAUGAAGACGAUGGUUAUGCAGAGGAUUCGUCCUGAUUGUAUAACAUACACUACACUUGUUACCCAUUUCAACAAGAAAUGUCGUCCUGAGGAAGUAGUUGCAUUGCAUGACUACAUGAUUCUUAAGGGAGUUGUCCCUGACCAGAAAACUUACAAUGCCAUUGUAAGCCCACUUCUUUUAGAAGGAAAAAAAGAGACAUGAUUAUACUAUGGUAUAUAUAUAUAUAUAUAUAUAUACUCACACACUAGUAUAAAGGGUUGCCCACAGUCAGAGGUUAAUGGGUCACUUUUCCCUUCUUUUUCUUAAUUGAAUUAAAUUAUGCUGAGAAUUGUCGUUUUAGUGAUUUUCAAUGUCUCAGCCUUUCUCCACUAUAUGGUAUAGUGGAAGCACAUUUUGGUGAUACUCUGUAUAGCUACAAGAUUGAUAUUAUGAUUCUUGUUCUGGAAUUUAUAGUCUUGCAAAAGAUUUCGAAUAGCAUCCACAAUCUAAUUGAGCCUAGUUCUUAAAUUUCUUAGUGCUGGUGUAUUUUGAAUAAUUUCUU